AUGAAUAAACUCUUGUUCUCAGUUUUAUUGGUACUGGUUGGUAUAUGGUUAACAACAGUUGGUUUCACUGAUUCUGUUCAAUGUACGUCAGACCCUGUUAUAAUACACGGUGUAUUGGACUCUGAAAUAACAUCCAGAGAAGUUGGGGAAAUGCAUAAUUUUACAUGUGGAGGUACACAAGAAGAUACAGGAACUGUGACAUGUAAUUACACUGGAGAUUGGACGGCAAGUUUGUCAUGUGAAGCUGCCUUAUUAGUUGAGACACAUUCUGAAAUAGGUCACUUGAAUGAAGAUCACAAAGCGUGA